GCUUGUUUGCGCGCACGGGUUCUCCCAUAUGAACUGCAUGAAUACUUUCGUUUCUAUAGGUGCUUCCGUAGAAAACCAUAUCCACAGUGAUCUGGGUGGGGUUUCGCUUGAGGAGCCGCUGGACAGUCACUAGACAGAGGCGACGCAUUUAUUUAUUCGCACGUCUUGGCCGCGCCUUUGUCUGGUUGAUGGUAACGUACUCGAACACUUACAACAUGCUGCAGCGUUUUUAUGGACUUGUUUAUCUUUCAGCAGUUUUACUGUUUGUGACUCUCACAGGUACACAAGCUGAAUGUCCUGUUCAGCUCAACCCACAGAGAGCUGUUGUGAGAUACGGCGAUUCUGUAGCAGUUAACUGUAGUGCUUCAGUCCCACAUAAAGGGAUGGGAUGGGAAGCCAGUGAGGGAGCAGUGACCAUGACCAGAGACAGUCUGAUCACAUGGAGAGUGUCAAAUCUGAUAGAAUGGGACAUACAGCCAUACUGCUACAUAAACCAUGAGGAACAGUGUCAAGUAGAGCUCCCAGUCACUAUUUACAAGACUCCAGACAGUGUGUCGAUCAUCAUUGUGAAUCACAGAGGACCAAUGAUAGAGGGAAAGCAGUAUGAGCUCCAGUGUGAUGUUCACGAUGUGGCUCCAGUUCAGAAUCUCACUGUCAAAUGGUACAAAGGACAGACUCUGCUGAAUCAAACCACCUUCACUGAAGAUAGCAAGACUCCAGUGAAUGAAACCACCACACUCCUGAUCCGUCCAGACAGAGCUGAUGAUGGAGCUCAAUACAGGUGUGAAGCAGAGCUGGAACUGGGAGCAGAAGGACCUCAACCUCCUCCAAAAGAAACAUCAGACCUUCUCAAUAUCACUGUAUAUUUUAAACCGAUCAUCAAUGAGACCAAACUGCCCUCCAUAGUGCCUGUGUUUCGAGGGUAUCCAGAGGUGCUUGUUUGUGAAGCCGAGGGAAACCCAAAACCAACAAUCGGCUGGAGCCUCGGCGCAAAUGUUAUAGUAUACAAUGAAACUCUUACUAUAUCAGAGUCAACACCUGAGUAUGUAUACUGCGUUGCAAACAAUUCUGUUGGCAGGACCAUCAGACAAGUAAACGUGUCCAUACAAGAUUCUGUGAUGAAGCUUCAUUGGUUUUCAAUCACAUGCUGUUCUGUAGAGAGUCAAUGUCCUAUUCAACUCAUCCCACGGAGAGCUGUUGUGAGGUACGGUGACGAUGUUUCAGCUGACUACAAAACUUCAGUCCCACAUAAAGGGAUGGGAUGGGAAGCCAGUGAGGGAGCAGUGACCAUGACCAGAGACAGUCUGAUCACAUGGAGAGUGUCAAAUCUGAUAGAAUGGGACAUACAGCCAUACUGCUACAUAAACCAUGAGGAACAGUGUCAAGUAGAGCUCCCAGUCACUAUUUACAAGACUCCAGACAGUGUGUCCAUCAGCAUUGUGAAUCACAGAGGACCAAUGAUAGAGGGAAAGCAGUAUGAGCUCCAGUGUGAUGUUCACGAUGUGGCUCCAGUUCAGGAUCUCACUGUCAAAUGGUACAAAGGACAGACUCUGCUGAAUCAAACCACCUUCACUGAGGAUAACAAGACUCCAGUGAAUGAAACCACCACACUCCUGAUCCGUCCAGACAGAGCUGAUGAUGGAGCUCAAUACAGGUGUGAAGCAGAGCUGGAACUGGGAGCAGAAGGACCUCAACCUUCUCCAAAAGAAACAUCAGGACGUCUUAAUGUUGAGUUGUACUAUAAACCAAAACACUCCAAUUCAAGAGAGACCAUCAUUAAAAACGACGAGGUCAUGCUAAACUGUACAGUGAAGGCAAACCCGGCUCCUAAGUACACAUGGCACUCAGAGCAUCUGAAAGAGGAGUUCAGCUCCUCAGUGCUCCAGUCCUCCACAGUCCUCCUCAGUCCAGGAAACUACACGUGCACCGCCACAAACUCUCUGGGAAGUGACAGCAAAGUGUUCAUCAUCAAAUCUGAGCAAACAGACAGAACCACAUUCUGGGCUAUUGUUUUAUCCGGCGUGGCGGUGGCACUGGUGUUAAUCGCCACUUAUGUGAUAUUCAAGAUCAGGUGUUCCAACAAUUCUGUCAUUUGAUGGACAAGAGAUGACGCCAAAGGGGUACCUUCUCCUCAGGGAGAUCAUGAAAAACUUGAUUAUUAUGGGUUAUUCUUUAAAGGAAUAGGCUAGUUCACCCAAAAAUAAAAAUUUGCUGAAAAUAUGAGUCCA